CGCUGUUGAGGAAUUCGAAGUAGCUCGGCAUGGGCCUUGGGAGCUUGGAAGGAAGAUGGUCUUUUGAAUGGACGAUUCAUUUGGACUAAGUCAGUACAGUUGUACAUCCCCCAUGGAGCAAAGGAAGGCGUAGAAAUCACGCAGAAAAGCAUAGGCGCACAUUUCAGUCCACGCGGUUUGGGUGGACGUGUAAGGUCACCACAGUUUGGUGCCUCUUGUUCUUUUGAAUUCUUUCCAGCCACCCCUUCACCUUAGUGUUUGCUCAUGUGUUUGAAACUGAGAGCCAAUAGGCUCAAUCGCAGUGAACACCCAAUCUUUGUCUUCCAGUCAUGGAUGCAGUGAUUGCACUCCAUGCAACGGCAUUGAGCCUAGACCGAAUAUCAUGCAGUCAGCUUAUGAGCCGAGGAGUAGAGCUUGCUCAACACCUGGGCUACAAGACUGGGGGCAUUGACAAAGGAUCUCCGGCGGCUCAGGGCAUGAGCAUUGAAGCGCAGGCUUCAGGUGGCGGUGUCUUCGGCUUGAAGGAUGGAGGAGUGACUGCUUCGUUGCAGUCAAUCGGAGCCAGUGGCUAUGUGAAGCCAGAGGCAAAGGCAAAUCUGGCGGCGCACAUGCGGCGAUGUGGUCUGAUCUCAGAGAGAGACUAUUUGAUCUCCGUUGGUGAUCAGCAGCCACUCGUAGUUGUUGACAUUCCGCCUUAUUUUUCUUCACCAGAACCAGAUUUGCCGAUGCUUGUGAAUGAUUAUCGCACAGGUGGGUACAAUCAAAGAAAGGCUGAAAUGAUGCUUGCAGAGUCUAGGGGCGAGAAUGAGCUUCUAGACGGCCCAUGUGAAUGUAGUUUUGGCCGUGAUGAGGGUUUGUCUGUUGUCCAAAUCCAGCGUAUUGAAAACAAGCAAGCUUUUGAGCGCUUUAAAGCAUAUGAAACUGCAACUGCAGAGCGGCUCCAGACUAGUGGGAUCAGCACAAGGCCCUGUGUUCAUGAAUGGCUUGAUCGUUUGGCAGACAGGAAUGGUUUGUCAAGGGCGGCUAACACCGUCUACCUGCUCCACGGCACGACGGCAGACAAAGUUGACAACAUUUGUCGUGAUGGCUUGCAAACAAGGUUCUCCCUAGAGAAACCAGGUUUGUAUGGAGGAGGCUUGUAUUUCACCACUUCAAGUUGCAAGGCCUUUCAGUAUACGGCGGGGGAUGGAUGCAUCAUCAUUUGCCGUGUUGUCCUUGGCGAGAUUGAGCUGUUGGACGAUGUUUGCAUCAACCGUUUGUUUCCGACUGAUGGCUUUGACUCUACACAUGCCAAAAAGGGUCACACUUGCAAAGCUCCAGGGGAGCUGCAGGUCCAUGAUGAAUACAUUGUGUAUCACCCUGCAGCGGUCUACCCCGAAUUGGUUCUUCGGGUGAAUGCCGCUUGAUUGCCGCGCCAGCGUUGGUCAGUGCAA